GAAUCCGGAUUGGCUAUGGCCGAUGGCCUUUUGAACCUAUUGAAGUGCCGAUUACCAGCAACAGUGCGCUGUCUCUCUCAUCCAAGCGCUCAUGUUCGGGCUCUUAGCACAUCAGUUCUUCGUGCAAUUCUGUAUGCUGGUUCACUAAAAGCUAGUGGGAAAAAAGUGGACAAAAAUGGCAUUCAUGGCCCUGCUUAUCAGUAUUUAAGUGUAGGCAAUAUCAACUGGCAAACUGAUAUUGAGAAGUGUUUAACAUGGGAAGCUCAUAGCUUACUUGCAACUGGAAUGCCUACUCAGUUUCUUAGUACUGCUGCCAAAGAAUUAGGCUGUACCAUAUCCAUCUGAAACUAAUAGUAACAUUUUGGUAAUUUGACUGUUCUUGUGUUUAACAAGUGGAUCUAGA